GUCACGUUACUAGUUACAUUACCUUCCCAUCACACCCUGUUGCAUGCCUUUGCACCUCCAACAUCUGGAGUAUCCCCUCCUAUUUUCAUGAUUUAUGCCUCAUAUCAUUGGUAGGGCGGUCAGAACUAAAUCGGCAGAUGGUGAAGGAUACCUACGCCGUUUGGGUUAGUUCACCCUCAGUGUGGGCUGCAGGGGGAGAUCAAGCGAAACCACUUUAUGUUUGUAAAAAAUACAUAUAUAUAUUGUAAUAUUUUGUUAAUUUGAUGGUUAACGUGGAGAGAAACAUGAACGUUUUUUAAGCAACCAACACUGGUCGCCACUUGUUGCAACGUCAGACUCCAUCUCUCCAGGAUGGGAGGAGGAUGAUAGAGGUAAGGGAGAAAGAGGGAGGGGGGUGUGGGGGACUCCGUCACAUCCUCUGUCCAUAUAUGGGCAUGAAGUUUACACGCAGCGGGGAAUCCUCUCACUGGAGCUGAUGAAUGGGGAGGAGGGCCGAGGGAGCUGCCAAAGUGUAUAUAAGGAGAGAGAGGGGAAGUCGCUGAUGUGAAACCCACAGCAAGCAAAUACCUACCGAGGAGCAGAGACGAGAAGGAAUACCUUUAAUUGCUUUUUUUUUUUACACCUUUUGACACUGACCACUUUGGAUCAUUUGUUGAAAACCAUCAAAGGGGGGGUUGAAAGAAAACAGUAAUCUGCAUAAUUUGUUUUUUUGUUUUUUUUUUUUUACAUUUUUCCCCCCCUUUUACCUUUUUCCCCCCUGGAAGAGACGGACUUCUAAGUGCAUCAUUAUGUUGAACAAUAUGGAUUUGAAUGCGAAAGAUUCUUUUUACCCUCAGUUUGAGAAUUGCAACAGUUCUUCCCUGGGAAUGGAAAACAGCGUGCGGAAAGAUAACCAGGAGGUGUACGUCGAUGCAGAGCGGGGGGUACCUGCCCAGUUUGGCCACGAAGGAACCCCUGCAACCCUCAAAACCGAAGCUUCCAACUCGGAAUUUGCUUUUAAUCCAUGCGAAUGCCCAAAAGACACCUACACCCCGUCCUCGCUCGCCUACUCUGGCAGUUUCUAUGUUGAGGCAUCUCAGGGAGCGCCGUGCAGCACCGAAACACUCCUCAAUAUGAUCACUGAGAUCGUGGGUAUAUCCACACUGCCACUUUCAGAAGUGCAACAGAGCGGCAACAGUCGGGGAACUUAUCCAUCGCCUGCGCCGAUGGACAGCAGCAAUGGUAAUUUUGGAGACCCCGGCGUCAAAAGGCAAGCAUACACCUGCUCCGGACCUUCUCCCCCUGUAUACUCUCCAGACCAAACGUGCCCGAGAUAUCCUGAUGAUCAGGCCGGCAGCCAAGUCCAAGACCCGUCCACUUCCCAGCUCAGCUUCGGCUCCUCCCGAGCUCCAAAUCAGAAGAAGGAUGAACCAAAGUCAGAGGCCGCUUCUUUCCCUGUCGUGGUCAAGAAUGAGUUUGAAAGUAGCUGCUACGAGUGGGGAACAUUUAACAAGUCUGACUGUUUGGAGACGAGUUUCCAGACGGAAACCUUCCCGAUGUCAAGCGAUUUCCCCCCUGACCAGCAAAUGGAUGUUAAGGAACUUUUAGACACGUUUCCCCCAAUUUGUCCCAACCCAGAGAUGGAGUUUAAAGUGGAGGGAGGUAUCAAACAGGAACCGUGUUUCUCUGACACCUGUUCUCAGAGCUACUCCAGCCCCCUGUACAAUAAUUACCUCCCACCGCCUCCAAUGGGCCUCUCCUCCAACCUGAAACCCUUCCCCGAACCUCCACAGCCAUCUAAUCAGUGUGAUUCCUUAUACACAUCACCAGCUUUACCGAGCACCAUAGACUCCAUCCUGUACUCUUCCUUGUUGCCAGAUUCUUUUGCCCAAAGUUACACCACCCGUGCGACGAAACCCCCCAGGGCCAGAAAGAGCCCAGCCGCCUCUCACGGCCCAGCCAAAGAGAAACCCUUCGCCUGCCCCAUGGAGAGCUGCGACCGGCGCUUCUCCCGCUCGGAUGAGCUCAACCGGCACAUCCGCAUCCACACGGGCCACAAACCUUUCCAGUGCCGCAUCUGUUUGCGCAGUUUCAGCCGUAGCGAUCACCUUACCACCCACACCAGGACUCACACCGGGGAGAAGCCGUUUUCCUGCGACAUCUGCGGCAAACGGUUCGCCCGGAGCGACGAGAGGAAACGGCACGGACGCGUACACCUGAAACAGAAGGAGAAAAUGGAAAUAAAGCCACAGGUGACCACCGGCGCAUGGCCGUUCACUCUUCCAGAGGGAAUUUGAAGACAAGGCUAUGUGUCCUCACAUACAAUAUAUUAGGAUCUUUCCGUCUUGGAAGAUAAGCCAGCUGACUACAAGUUGAUGUCUGAGUUGGUUUGACUGGCAAGCCAAUGCCUGACAGCAGAGGUUUUCCUUUUGUUUCUUUUUUUUUCUUUUUUGGUUGUUGCGAGUACUGCAGUUUUUUUGUUUUUUUUAGGAGCAGAAAGGGAGAAAGAGGACUGCUUCGGCCUUAUUGCCUGCUGCUGCUGAUGCUGCCGACUGUAUGCAAACAUGCAUAAGUUGUAAAAGUCGGUAAACAGAUCAACAGUGACUUGUUGCUGUUACUGUCAGUAGAGCCAAACCUCUCUGCUGCGGCAUUUGCAUGACUUGCUGUUCAGCACCUUCUUCGUCUGGAUAGCUCCAAACCUCCAUCGCCUCCGAGCCUGGACGGAUUGCACUUAAACAGAUUAUUAAUAUCUCCAUUUAAGAUUCUUAUUUUCUGCUUUUAGCAUUCUUAGAGCAAUGGUUUGGACUAUGUUUCUUAAAACAAAUGCAUGUUUAUGUCAAUGUUUAUUUUAUUUCCUUUAACUGGAAUAUCAACCACUGUCAAGGUACUCCUUCACUCCCACAAGUGAGGGUUAUUGACAUGAAUGUAGGCUAACAUAUUUAUGGCUCUGACCAUAAAGCUGUCCAUCUUUGAUCCAAUUUAGUGUUUGUUUAACUUCUUAUCAUUUGGCUGUCAGUGUUUUUUGUCAUUGGUCUUUGUGUUGUGUUAUACAAUUGUUUGGAUUAUUACAAUUGUGAAAGAUAUAUCAUAAAUGGGAAAUAAAUAUAUUUGUAUUACUGUACUUCUUUGUAUUUUUAUAGCUAACUGUAUAUUUUACAUUUAUCACAUUUGAGCGUCAUUUAUCAAGGUGAAAUGUAUUCUAAAUCAUUAAUAAUGUCUUGGUUUUUUCGAGGGCUAUUGUUUGGUAACACAAUAUUUUAAAUGUUACAAUUUGAUAUCAGAAACCUUUUGGCACUUCAUCCCAUUGUUGGUAUGAUGAGAGUUAUUUCAUUGAGACUGAUGAUCUAGAUUUUAACACAAAAAAAGGGAGGGGAAGGGGGCAAUAUGUUAUAACUAGUUGUGGUACGGCUUUUCAAACAAAAAUGAUUUUACAGUAUGUACAGAAGUAUGUUUAAUCAAGCUAGAAAAUGACUAGCAAACCAUAUAAACAUUGCUUUUGAGUAAUCAGGUAGCACACAUUGCUGCGAGUUUCUGUGGAUUUACCUAACCUUGGUGAUGAAAGGUUUUUUUUUUUUUUUGACUCCUGGUAUCUUUUUUUGCUGGAGAUACUGUAUGCUGAAAUGUUGACUUUAGCAACAAAAAAAUAAAAAAAAAUAAAAAAUGUUGAGUUUGGUGAGAUUGUCACCAACAGGGUACUGCAAAAAAAAGAAAAAAUGGAAAAAGAAAAAAAAAAGUAAUUUAACUUGCCUUAAGUUAUAUUAACUGUUCAAGUAAAGAUUUUGUACAUAUACAGUUUCUACAAUACUUUAAAUUAAUAUCGAUGUUGUUAUUUUUAUGAAAAGUUUAUGAACAAAAUAAACAUUUUCUGGAAGCAGCAAGUUUCUUGUGCAUGGUUUAGAAUGACCCAUUCUCACUUCGCCCAUCUGUUUCAUGCAGGCAUUGGGACCCCCCAUCAGAGCAUUCAGAUGAGUGUAUCUCUUCCCAAAAUACACAUUGUAACAGUCCACCUGUGGCACCACACUGCAGGCCUAAAAUUAGACCUCGCAGUUCUGCCCUGUGACUCAACACACAUUAAAGUGAAUACCCUAUUACUCAGUGCUGUGAUUCUGAAUCCCCUCGACUUCAAAGAUCACUUUCCUCAUGUUGUAAACGUGGAGAUGAGCGCCAUGGGCGUCAUGGUAAUCUCUACAGGAAACCUGUUAAACAGGACAUUUUCUUGCCAUGUCAGUGACAUGAUCUGAUGCUCUCACUUCAUUCAUCCCUUUGUUCAUUCACUCAUCCACUUUUGCAAUAAAAGGAUAUUAAUUUCCACUUGAUUGCUGAAUGCGAUUAUGCUCUAUUAUCAUGUAUAUUUUUUUCUCUCAAAGAAUGGUGGUACUGAAGUCUCCUCUUGUCAAAACUGCCUGUGCAUUCUUGUAAAUGCAAUUAAUGGUCUCUGUGCCUUGAAACCUCUCU